CGGAAAGUGAAACUGGGCACAGCCCCCGUAUAAGAUGCCCCUGACCCGGGAGAUGGCUGAUCAAAGAGACUGGGCCCUGCCAUGGGCCAGAAGGCAGGCGACCUUGGCUGGCGGCUCAGCCUUUUGCUGCUCUCCCUGCUCCUGGUUCGAGCUGGUGUCUGGGGAUUCCCGAGGCCCCCAGGGAGGCUGCCCCUGAGCCUGCAGGAGUUGCGGGAGGAGUUCAAGGUCAGCCUGCAUCUUGCCAGGAAGCUGCUCUCCGAGGUUCGGGCCCAGGCCCACCGUUUUGCUGAAUCUCACUUGCCAGGAGUGAACCUGGACCUCCUGCCCCUGGGAGGGCAGCUCCCCAAUGUUUCCCUGAACUUCCAGGCCUGGCGCAGCCUCUCUGACCCAGAGAGGCUGUUAUUCCUCUCCAUGACACUUCGCCCCUUCCAAGCCCUCUUGGGAGGACUGGGCAGCCAAGGGAUCUGGGCCAACGCAGAGAGGAAGCAGCUGUGGGCCAUGAGUUUGGAUCUCCGAGACUUGCAGCGGCAUCUUCACUUCCAGGUGCUGGCUGCAGGAUUCAACCUCCCUGAGGAGGAGGAGGUAGAGGAAGAGGAGGAGGAGGAGAAGAAGGGCAAAGGGCUGCUCCCAGGGACCCUGGGCAGCCCCUCACAGAUGUCAGCCCAGGUGUCCUGGCCCCAGCUCAUCUACACCUACCAGUUGCUACACUCCUUGGAGCUUGUCUUGUCUCGGGCCAUGCGGGACUUGCUGCUGCUUUCCCAGGCUAAAAACCCAGUCCAGGCCUCGGGUGUCCAACACUGGCUGGCUCCCCAGCCUGAUGGCGUGGUUUCUUAGCCCCUUCCCUCUCUGGUUAGG